AAGCGAUAACCUUCCCACCCGCCAAAAAAAAAAAACCACCCUGUAUCCGAGAAAACUGUGGUAUCAUCCAAGCGAAAGUCUUUGGGCAUAUCCUCUCUAGAUGCAACCCGCGCAUAUCGAUUAAAACAGAUAACACAAUGUGACCACACCAAUCCAUGAACCACGAUGUAUGCCUUGCGCCGUCAAACAAUGCAUUGGCCAGACCAUUCCCAGGUCAACCCUGAAUCGCUCUCUGGUUUUUCAGUCUUUGAAUGGAUAUAGUCCACCUUCUUUGAACCGGCCCCCCCAACUCCACGCUAGUAAAACAAAAGAGAACAUGAUUUUUCGAGUAGUUACAGAUUUUUCAAGUGUAAAUCAAGUUCCAGACUUUUCCGCGGCAGGCGCAACUUUUCCGGGCUGGUUCGUAAUAUCCGUGGCACGGGAAAAGGUUACCGAAGAGUGGCACCGGGUGAUGGAAUGGUACCGGGUGGUGUUGCACCGGGUGUGUGUAUUUGUUGAACAUGUCCCAGAUGUACGGCAAUUGGAAUUUAGGCGCACAGCUGUUCUGGGCCGGGACAGGUACGGACACGGAACAUGGCUGGCACGGUUCCACAAUGGCCCCGGCGUAUUGAGGAAGGAACUCCUGGGCAUAAAUUGGAGGCUCUUCCUGAUACACCUGUGGCUCCGGAGAAACUCGUGUAGAUAAAUCCUCAUCCCGGAAAUCAUCGUCAAGAUCAUCGAUAGUCGAGGGACUCGAUGUCAAUGAUCCAUCAUCGGAUGAGCAUGUAGAUUCACCGUCCGAAUCAGAUGCAGCAGGUGAUAAAGGGGUGUUGAAGGCGAAGUCGCUGACAGGAGCGUCUUCAUAAAGGUAUUCGAUGGACUCGGGAGAAGUAGGUGGAGAAGCAAGGGGUUGAGCUGCACUGACGACGGGGGUAGUAAAU